CUGGUCUGCCUGGGACAGCACGGCUGAAACUUAAACGCUCCGAUGUGACUUAUUCGUGAAAAUUAAUUCUUCCUCAUAUUUACCAGUUUUCGUCAUAAAUUUCGUACCGAGUAAAGUACCUGUGAUUGCCGCGAGGGACGAGAGUAAAUAUAGGGAGUGCGUCUUAAAGUGCUCAGUGAAGUGAACGAGUAACAGAGACCGAAUGGAUUGAGUGGAUCCUUGACAUAAAAGAUAAACGGGGAAAGACAUGGGCACCAGGGCAGUGGCCGUAGGAGCGGCUACUGGAGCAGCUGGAGUAACUGGUGAAGCUGGACUGGCCGGUGUCCCGCGCCUCCUGGAGGAUCUUGCGCGACUGUCAGAGGACAAGGAUUCGGCCGACAUUGUCUUUCUACUUGGCAGAGACGAGACUCCGGUCUACGGGCACAGAAUAAUCCUUCAGGCCAGAUGCAAAAACUUCACUGCGGCUAAAAGGAUUGGUACUUCUGGCAAUCCUGCACCAAUCAGGAUGCCUCAUGCACAUCCUGAAACCUUCCGACAAUUCGUGCAUUACGUUUACACAGGCAAAAUUAUGCUCCAGGACAGUGGUAUUUUCGAGAUGCUAGGCUUAGCUCAGGAACUAGGAGUCGAGGAACUCUGGAGAAGCUGCGAGGAACACGUGUCGGCUACUCUCAGUCCAGGAAACGCUUGCGCCUUGCUAACAGCAGCCCUCGAUGCACAGGAACGCGUACCAGGUGGUAAAGGAGCCUGUUCAUCCUUCAUCGACCGUUGUUUCGCAUUUAUUGGUGAAAACGCAGUAGACACUGUCAAAACAACAGCUUUCUGCAAUCUUCCGAAAGAUGCCCUGGUGAAGCUCAUCUCCUCGGAUUACCUGGGUUUGGAGGAAGAAGACGUGUGGAGAGCUGUUUUGAACUGGGCCAAGUAUCAGGCCGGUGUAACUCAACCUACGCAACACUGGACAGAAGAGGAACGAGCCAGAGUCUGCCAGCAUUUAUCGGGCGUAAUAAAUCACGUUCGUCUUCUCUUGAUAGACAGUCAAGUCUUCGCCGAGGAGGUAGAGCCAACCGGAGCAGUUCCAAUGGAAUUAUCUCUAGAAAGAUACAAAUACGCAGCACUUCCCAAUAAAUAUGCUGAAAUCUGUUCGGACAAGAGACUUCAGCCCCGAGUGACACCAUUCCUUCCUGGCUCCCAUAUUCUAUCUAGAGACAAGAUGGGAUUUCAAAGAUUGCUCAAUCAGUGGUAUGGUACUCCAAAACAAAGCUGGCGACUUGUUUACAGAGCAUCCAGCCAUGGCUACUCCGCGGCUGCUUUCCAUAGACAUUGUGAUGGCGUCUGCCCAACAUACGUCAUAGCUCUGGGGGCUCGAGGAGAAAUAUGUGGUGGGUUCAGCGAUGCUCCCUGGGGUAAGACCAAUGCCAAGGGUCACUAUAUUUCUUCUGAAAAGGCCUUCCUCUUUACCUUAACAAACAAUCAGGACGUACCACCAACAAAAUAUGAUAUUGUGAAAAAGCCAUUCGCAAUUUGCUACCAUCCAGACAUUGGACCGAUCUUUGGUGCUGGAGCAGAUCUUCUGAUUGCCAAUAAUUGUAAUACAAAUAUGGACAGCUACAGUAACCUUCCGCAUAGUUACGAUGGGGAGUACGCCUCAAACACUGUUCUAAUGGGUGACUAUCACUUCUCAGUCAUAGACUACGAGGUCUUCACCCCCAGCCAUGCUGUUUCCAAGUCAUAAGAUUAAGAGCCGAAUAGCCAGUUUUUGCAAGUAUUCAUAUCUGUAAAUAUAUCUAUGGUAAGUCAGUAGCCUGAAACCUUUGUACGUAUAAGAAUCUUGAGAAUUGUAUUUCUCAACCCUCAACGUUUUCGUCGUUUAUUUCUCUUCCUGACUAAAGCACUGUAUUUAAGAGUUCCUCGACUCAAAGAUUCUCAAUAAAUUAUGAAUGUUAAAGUUAACGGCACAUACGUGGAAUAA